CAGGUGAAGAGUAGAGCAAUUAAAUAAUACAGGUGGAGGAAAGAUAAAGUACUGGUCUUGCAUCCAGUGCUAGCUGUGAUCACCAGUUGACAGAAAGAAAUCAGUUUGUGGAACCAGCAGAGGUACGUGGACAUCAGUGGAAAGACGGAGAGAAAGUAAGAUGGCCGAGGAGCCAAAGAUUGAACUCUUUGUAAAGGCCAGUUAUGAUGCUGAGAGUGUGGGGAACUGCCCUUUCUGUCAGAGACUCUUCAUGAUUCUCUGGUUAAAAGGGGCCAACUUUACCCUGACCACUGUAGACAUGAAGAGGGCUCCGAAUGUACUGAAGGAUUUGGCUCCAGGCUCUCAGCCUCCCUUUCUCAUCUACAAUGAUGAAGUCAAAACGGACACUAAUAAGAUUGAGGAGUUCCUGGAGGAGGCCUUAGCCCCACCACAGCACCCAAAAUUGUGCUGUCGUUACAAAGAGUCCAACAGUGUUGGAGAAGACAUCUUCCGAAAAUUCUCAGGAUAUAUCAAGAAUCCCAAUCCUGGUUUAAAUGACAUGCUCGAGAAGAAAUUUCUUUCCACUCUGGUGAAGCUGAACAUGUAUCUAGAAACUCCUCUCCCUCACGAGCUGGCCAAAAACCCAGAUCUUACUGUGUCUUCACGCCUCUUCCUGGAUGGUGACAGCCUUACCUUGGCAGAUUGCAACUUGCUUCCCAAACUCAACAUUGUCAAGGUGAUGAUUAAGGAGUACCGUGACUUUGCCAUCCCUGCAGAGCUCAAAGGUCUGACACGUUACCUAGAGAAUGCCUACAAACGGGACGAGUUUCGCCACACCUGCCCAAAUGACUCAGAGAUUCUCCUCGCCUACCAUUCUGUCGCCCAGUACCUAAGCAAAUAGAGGAGUGAACCUAAACAGCAUUCAUGAAAUUAAAGAAAGUAAAAACAGAAAGAGAUAAAAUGCAGAUGACUCAGAUAUACCAUGUUGAAAAUUAAGUUCUAUAUCUGUUUAAAUUACAUCUGUGUGGACAAUAAAAAAAAUGGCAGUUUAAUCAUUUACUUUCUAUAAAAAGUAUAGUUGUUACCAUGACUUUGGCUCCCUCUAGUGUUUCUCGAGUGUUUUUGUAAAUGCCGUGUACGUGCGUGUUUUGUGUCUGAACGUAAUGUUAAGUGCACUUAAUUCAAAUCAGAUUUUAAACUACACAUUAUUUUAGCAUACACAUAAAAAGAUGAAUGGCUGUACAUAACUCCUCUUUACAUAUUUUUAUAUAGUGACUGCAUAUUAGCAGUGACCGUAUGAGAAUGGUUUAAUUUAAAUGCAUAAAUGGAGGGUGAAGGAAAGAGUAUAUCUAUUUAUAUGGACAUUAUGGACAUACA